AUGACUCAGUCUGAGUGUUCCUCGCCUUCUGGCAGAGGAGUGGUGCAAGGGCAUGAGCCAGGCUAUUAUUACCCCUUCUGUUCUGAAGAGUCAAAUCAACAGAUCAUAGCAGGGGGUAUCCAUACUGGACGCUCUGAACGUAGCACCGAAACAGACAGCUUGAAUUGCAGUCCUCGGGCAUAUAAGAGAUCUGACGAUGUGCCAUGCUACACGAAUGACGCCGGACCCUCGGGGAAGGAAAGAAGCUCCUUAGCCAUCGAUACAUUGAAGACUGCGAAGACGGGGACUACAGCCUCGACAUCACCUCAGUCGGUUUUCAGCUGUCCCCAGCCCCAUUCAUCAUCUUCGUCAUUUAGCAAUCCGGCUCCCAAGCAAGAACCGCUCAACCUCGCAUCUAUCUCACUCAGAGGUCUAUUUCGUCGUUUAGACCCUAAAGUUGAUGACGUACACAAGUCGGCUAUGCACUCUGUCCUCAACAUCUCCACUAAGAACGACGCCAAUAAUAUCAACGAACAGUGCGAGUCAUCAUCUUCGGGCGUAGUUAAGGAGACAGGUCGUCGCCUUGCUUCUCGGUCAGACAGUUCUCUGAUUCUCACGAAAUCUCGCACAUGGGGCACAAUCCCUGACGACUUCGAGAUACCAGGCUUUUCGAUUCCAGUGGACGGGAAAGGCAAGUCUCCGCUUGCAGAUGCAACUCUUCCCGAGGCUCUCACAGUUGAUAGCUGCAAACUUGGUGACGAAUUUGUCGACACCAGCAUCAUUCCUGGCUUGCGCGGCAAGGUCAUCGGUAAAGGUGUCACGGCUACUGUCAAACUGAUGCACAGGAAAGGACCCGGAAAGCAGCACUAUUAUGCGGUGAAGGAAUUCCGCAGAAGUCGCAAGGAGAGCCUGCAAGCUUACGACAGAAAGAUCAAACUGGAGUUCAGCAUCGCCAAGAGCCUGCGUCAUCCUAAUAUCGUGGAGACUGUCCGUCUUUGCUCCCACGCAGGCCGUUGGUCUCAUGUUAUGGAAUACUGCAGUCAAGGGGACUUGUUUACAAUCGUGCAACAACGAUAUCUUUCGUUCGAAGGUCAGCUGUGUCUGUUCAAACAACUCUUCCAAGGCGUCGCAUAUUUACAUAGCAUUGGAAUUGCGCACCGCGAUAUCAAACUAGAAAAUUUGCUCUUGGCAGGAGACAGUCACUUAAAGAUCACCGACUUCGGAUGCGCCAAAGUCUUCAGUGAGCUCCACCGAGAUUUGCGGUCAAAUGACGGAGGAUGUGCGGAAGCAUUUGGUAAGAUUCGCAAAUGUGGCCCUGGGGUUUGUGGCAGCCUGCCAUAUAUUGCACCAGAAGUUCUGGCGGAAGACCGAAGCUACGACCCACGCUUGCUUGACAUAUGGUCUUGUGCCAUCGUCUGCCUUGCCAUGCUCCACUGCGGUACGCCAUGGGGAGCCGCAGAAGAAAAGGACGCCGGGUAUUCUCGCUAUCUCAAAUGGUGGGAAGAGUUCUUGAGAAGCGAGCCGGUUGGAAUUAUCACAGGGGAUGUGUAUCCUAAAAUCGGGAAAUUCUUCUCGGAUCUUCGCACAAAACCUCUUCGGCGUCUUAUCCUACGGAUGCUCCAUCCUAUCCCAGAGAGACGGGCUACCAUCUGCGAUGUGAUGAAUGAUCGCUGGGUCAAGAGGAUUGAAUGUUGUUGUCCCGAACCAGGCAAGCCGUCUAAUUGCUUUGAGGAAGUUGAUGGCAUAGUUUAUCCAAAGGUUCACAAUCAUCUGCCCCCAGCGAAGAAAGGCUUCUUCCAGCGCUAUAUCUAG